AUGAGUUCAUCAUCAACACCUAUAGAAUCGACUAGCAAAAUUCAAGUUGCUGCAGACAUUGUAGCUGAGUUUCUGGAAGUAGCAUUCCACUGUAUUCUUCACAAUCGAGAUUUAUACCCAGCUGGAGUUUUUGAGCGACGCAAGAAAUAUAAUGUCCCAGUUCAUAUGUGCCUCCAUCCUGAUGUGAUCCAAUACAUUGCACAGAUUCUGGAAAGUAUAAAACUGUUAUUGGACACUCGUGAAGUGGACAGAGUUAGUCUUGUUAUUCUUGAUCAUCAACAGAAUCCAGUUGAACGUUUUGUCUUUGAAAUUGGCUAUCCUUCAAAAUACACAGAUUUCAGCUCAGAUAUUUUGUUUACUGAAUUGGAACAGUCAUUGCGUGCAUUUCUUCUCAAACUUAAUGUCUGUGAUGCCAUGUUAAAACCACUCCCUAAUGAUGCCACUUGGGUUAUCCACAUUCACACCAAUGACUGUGCAAUGCUUCGACUUGAAGAAAAACAGAUUUUGAAGAACUUUCCAUGGAUAGAGGCUGAAGAAAAACAAAAGACAAUGCAUAGUCCAACUUUGGUUCCUAUGAAAACAGUUAGUUCAGAUAUUGUAAAGAUGCAAUUAUUUGUGGAAGAAAGUGCAAUGAAAUGUGACCCAAGCACAUCCUGA